AUGUCCACUCCAGUUCCGAAUUUGGAGUGGAAAUGAGUGAUAGACAUCCAUGAGAAUAGGCUCUGAGACAUUAUGAUUUUGAGUCAGUGUGACCUCGUAGGCUGUGUCGUAGUUACAGCUCUCCAUCUGUUACGUUUUCUUAGCCAAAAAAACACUAGACUACAUACACUACAGCUGAAAUCGCUGUGUGAGUGCACCGUCGGUUGGGAUAUUGGUACCUACCCGCAGGUGCAUAUCUGGCACAAACAUUGGAUUGUCAUGGUGUCUGUCUGUUGACUAUACACUCCACUCCUGCUGUCAGAUUAAACUUUGAACAUAAUUUUGUGGUUUAGAAUAAUGAUUCCAAAAUUGGAAUUUAAUAUUCGAGAAUGUGUUGUUUGUGUCAUAAUGAAGGCUCGUUCCACAGGUGUGAUCAUAUAAUUGGAACAUAUUCUUUGAAUGUGACAAACUUUAUGACAUAUACAGUGGGGGAAAAAAGUAUUUAGUCAGCCACCAAUUGUGCAAGUUCUCCCACUUAAAAAGAUGAGAGAGGCCUGUAAUUUUCAUCAUACGUAUACGUCAACUAUGACAGACAAAUUGAGAAUUUUUUUCUCCAGAAAAUCACAUUGUGGGAUUUUUUAUGAAUUUAUUUGCAAAUUAUGGUGGAAAAUAAGUAUUUGGUCAUCUACAAACAAGCAAGAUUUCUGGCUCUCACAGACCUGUAACUUCUUCUUUAAGAGGCUCCUCUGUCCUCCACUCGUUACCUGUAUUAAUGGCACCUGUUUGAACUUGUUAUCGGUAUAAAAGACACCUGUCCACAACCUCAAAAAGUCACACUCCAAACUCCACUAUGGCCAAGACCAAAGAGCUGUCAAAGGACACCAGAAACACAAUUGUAGACCUGCACCAGGCUGGGAAGACUGAAUCUGCAAUAGGUAAGCAGCUUGGUUUGAAGAAAUCAACUGUGGGAGCAAUUAUUAGGAAAUGGAAGACAUACAAGACCACUGAUAAUCUCCCUCGAUCUGGGGCUCCACGCAAGAUCUCACCCCGUGGGGUCAAAAUGAUCACAAGAACAGUGAGCAAAAAUCCCAGAACCACAUGGGGGGACCUAGUGAAUGACCUGCAGAGAGCUGGGACCAAAGUAACAAAGCCUACCAUCAGUAACACACUACGCCGCCAGGGACUCAAAUCCUGCAGUGCCAGACGUGUCCCCCUGCUUAAGCCAGUACAUGUCCAGGCCCGUCUGAAGUUUGCUAGAGUGCAUUUGGAUGAUCCAGAAGAGGAUUGGGAGAAUGUCAUAUGGUCAGAUGAAACCAAAAUAGAACUUUUUGGUAAAAACUCAACUCGUCGUGUUUGGAGGACAAAGAAUGCUGAGUUGCAUCCAAAGAACACCAUACCUACUGUGAAGCAUGGGGGUGGAAACAUCAUGCUUUCGGGCUGUUUUUCUGCAAAGGGACCAGGACGACUGAUCCGUGUAAAGGAAAGAAUGAAUGGGGCCAUGUAUCGUGAUAUUUUUUGUGAAAACCUCCUUCCAUCAGCAAGGGCAUUGAAGAUGAAACGUGGCUGGGUCUUUCAGCAUGACAAUGAUCCCAAACACACCGCCCGGGCAACGAAGGAGUGGCUUCGUAAGAAGCAUUUCAAGGUCCUGGAGUGGCCUAGCCAGUCUCCAGAUCUCAACCCCAUAGAAAAUCUUUGGAGGGAGUUGAAAGUCCGUGUUGCCCAGCGACAGCCCCAAAACAUCACUGCUCUAGAGGAGAUCUGCAUGGAGGAAUGGGCCAAAAUACCAGCAACAGUGUGUGAAAACCUUGUGAAGACUUACAGAAAACGUUUGACCUGUGUCAUUGCCAACAAAGGGUAUAUAACAAAGUAUUGAGAAACUUUUGUUAUUGACCAAAUACUUAUUUUCCACCAUAAUUUGCAAAUAAAUUCAUAAAAAAUUUUUUUCUCAAUUUGUCUUUCAUAGUUGACGUGUACCUAUGAUGAAAAUUACAGGCCUCUCUCAUCUUUUUAAGUGGGAGAACUUGCACAAAUAGUGGCUGACUAAAUACUUUUUUCCCCCACUGUAUGCUUAAGGGAGACAAAGAGAGAGAGAGAGAGAGACACACACACAGAGAGAGAGAGAGACACACACACAGAGAGAGAGAGAGACACACACACAGAGAGAGAGACACACACAGAGAGAGAGAGACCCAGUGGCAUGUAUUCAUGGAUGCCAAGGGAAGCAUAGCCACGGGAAGUAGGGGUGCUGACGGUGCUGCAGCACCCCCUGAAAAAUCAGAAUCCAAUCAUUUUUUUAUUACAAAACAUAAGUGUUUUUUAAAAAUGUUUUUGGUUUUCACAAAAGUAGUGCACUGGGCCUUUACUAGUAUUAGGGAACCAAUAUAGAGGUCUGUAGCAUGGACAAAAACAUAUUUUCAGCAUCUCCACUGGCAAAAAAAGGUAGUUGUAUAAUUAAGAACAGUAUAUUGCAGGAUUCAAUAGUUGGAAUUGUAAGAGUUGUUGGCCUGUCCCUUUCUCUGCGAUUGUCAUUCUAAUGGAAUCCAGAAAGAACAAAACCCUGUCCUCAAACAUUUACAUCAAAAGGUGCAAAGUUAUGAACAAAAACAUCCUCAUCAAAUUAUAUAUUUUUCUUGAUCAAAUAACAUGGAAAACAACCACUUCUUGUGCAGUGUUAAUUGACCAUCCUUACGAACCACUUAAUGUAGCUGCUGCUGCCUAUUGAAAUCACUGGCCACUUAAGAAAUAGAACACUAGUCACUUUAAUAAUGUUUACAUAUCUUGUAUUACUCAUCUCAUAUGUAUUUACUCUAUUCUAUAAUAUUCUACUGUAUCUUAGUCCAUAUAUGUAUAUAUUCUUAAAUUCCAUUCCUUACUUAGAUUUGUGUGUAUUGGGUAUAUGUUGUGAAAUUGUUAGAUAUUACUUGUUAGAUAUUACUGCACUGUCGGAGCUAGAAGCACAAGCAUUUCGCUACACCCGCAAUAACAUCUGCUAAACACGGGUAUGUGACAAAUACAAUUUGAUUUGAUUUUAAAUGUACAUUACUGUAUUGUACAUAUGCUGAUCAUCUAGGUUUGUACCUGUAGACUUUCCAUCACCAUGAAGGAAAACAAUGCACAAUACAGUAAUUCAGUAUAUUGAUACAUCAAGUGGUUUGUGAUGAUGUGAUGUGAUGGUGAGGCUCAGUUGGUUGAGCAUGGUGCUUGCAAUGCUAGGGUUGUGGGUUUGAUUCCCACAGGGGACCAGUAGGAAAAUGUAUGCACUCACUACUGUAAGUUGCUCUAGAUAAGAGUGUCUACUAACAUGGAAAAUAAAUGAAUAGACCAUUUCAGUUUUCAUAGAAAUAAGUUGCAUUUGCAAAGUACAUCAAGCAAGUAUUUUUUAUAUUUCACAAGUAUUAUCAGAUUAACUGUUUUGUACAGAUAAUUGUCAGACUCAAGUUACAAAUGCUGGUAAACACUCAAAUACAUUUAGUUUUUUUUAAAUCACAAAGGUAGUGCACUGGGCCUUUAAUAGUCCCCGUAUUAGUGGACCGAUUUGGAUGUCUCUGAAAUUAUAAAGCUGUCGCAUGACUCAGAUGCGUCAGGGAAGUCAAAUAAGGACAAUGAACUUUGAUCACACUCAACAGGCCAUUGGAGCUGCUUUCACUAGUUGCAACAUUAAGUAAACAUUUAUAUAAAGUUGGAUUACAAAACCUUCCACAUCCUGUACAAAUACACUACCGGUCAAAAGUUUGGACACACUUACUUAUUCAAGGGGUUUUCUUUAUUUUUACAUUGUAGAAUAAUAGUGAAGACAUCAAAAACUAUGACAUAACACUUAUGGAAUCAUGUAGUAACCAAUGUGGGAACUCCUUCAAGUGUAGCCUGGCCUGGGACAUGUAUGUGAGCCAGGUGGAAGUCUUGUUUAAUUUCUAUGUUGUCGGUCUCCCAGAACGGGUGUGUGAUGGGAGCAAUAUUUACUGUUGUCUGCACUUUGGUUUGUGGUUUCUUCUUUUGGUUGGUAUUGAGGACUUCACGUUUGUUCUUUGUUUUGAUCGUGUGAUCUAGACAAUAAAUUAAAUAUGUUCACCCGCAACGCUGCGCCUUGGUCUCCCUCAUUAGACGAUCGUGACAGAAGAAACCACCUUAACCAGACCAAGCAGCGUGUUCAGGAGCCAUCGCUGGCAGAUCUCCGUGGCAACCUCGACUGGAUCAAGCAGCGUGACGAGGAGAGAGGAUGGACGUGGGAGGAGAUGAUUGCGAGUCUGGCAAGAGGGAGGAGAGACCCCCAGGAAAUUUUUAGGGGGGGGCUCACGACGUCGGGCCAGCAGGUGUACGGGUUAGAGCGGUGCAAAGCGUUGGCAGAGAAGGCCGCCAGGUUAGGGGGGCCACUGGGCACAGAGGAGAGGGAAAGUGUGGAGGCACGGCGAGAGGUACUGGGGUGUGUUACCAGUCCGGUCCGGCCCGUUCCUGAUCCCUGCGUGGGGCCAGUGGUGUGUGUCCCCAGUACGGUCCGGCCUGUUCCUGCCAUUCCCACCAAGUCAGUGGUGCGCGUCGUCAGCCCAGCCCGGCCUGUUCCUGCCAUUCCCACCAAGUCAGUGGUGCGCGUCGUCAGCCCGGCCCGGCCUGUUCCUGCCAUUCCCACCAAGUCAGUGGUGCGCGUCGUCAGCCCAGCCCGGCCUGUUCCUGCCAUUCCCACCAAGUCAGUGGUGUGCGUCGACAGCCCAGCCCGGCCUGUCCCUGCUCCACGCACAAAGCCUACGGUGUGCGUCGACAGCCCAGCCCGGCCCGUUCCUGCUCUCCGCACCAAGUCUGUGGUGCGCGUCGCCAGCCCAGUCCGGCCCAUCCAAGCUUCCCGCACCAAGCCAGUGGUGUGCGUCGUCAGUCCGGCACGGCCCGUUCCUGCUCUCCGCACCAAGUCUGUGGUGCGCGUCGCCAGCCCAGUCCGGCCCAUCCAAGCUUCCCGCACCAAGCCAGUGGUGUGCGUCGUCAGCCCUGUCCGGCCCGUUCCUGCUCUCCGCACCAAGUCUGUGGUGCGCGUCGCCAGCCCGGUCCGGCCCGUACAAGCUCCCCGCACCGGGUCAGUGGUGCGCGUCGUCAGCCCGGUCCGGCUCAUUCCUGCUCCCCGCACCAAGUCAGGGGUGCGCUUCGUCAGCCCGGUCCGGCCCGUUCCUCCUCCACGCAUCAAGCCAGGGGUGUGCGUCGUCAGUCCAGCACAACCCGUGCCUGGGUCAUGUCCGGAGCCGGAUCCGCCGCCGAGGCGGAGUGCCCACCCGGUCCCUCCCCUGUUGUGGUUGUUUGGCGCGGCCGGAGUCCGCGCCUUUGGGGGGGGGGGUACUGUCACGCCCUGGCUCUGGGGACUAUGUUAUGUUGAGCCAGGGUGUGUAAGUCUAUGUUUAAUUUUCUAUGUUGGUCUGAGUGACUCCCAAUCAGAGGCAACGAGUGUCAGCUGGGUGUCUCUGAUUGGGAGCCAUAUUUAACUGUUUGUCUUGCACUUUGUGUUUUGUGGUUUCUUGUUCCUUUUGGUUGUGUAUCGAAGGACUUCACGUUUCGUUCUUUGUUUUGAUCGUGUGAUCUAGACAAUAAAUUAAAUAUGUUCACCCGCAACGCUGCGCCUUGGUCUCCCUCAUUAGACGAUCGUGACAUCAAGACUGUUGGAAAAGCAUUCCAGGUGAAGCUGGUUGAGAGAAUGCCAAGAGUGUGCAAAGCUGUCAUCAAGGCAAAAGGUGGCUACUUUGAAGAAUCUCAAAUCUCAAAUAUAUUUUUAUUUGUUUAACACUUUUUUGGUUACUAGAUGAUUCCAUAUGUUAUUUCAUAGUUUUGAUGUCUUCACUAGUAUUAUAUAAUGUAGAAAAUAGUAAAAAUAAAGAAAAACCCUUGAAUGAGUAGGUGUCCAAACUUUUGACUGGUACUGUACGUCAUCUUGUCAGUUUCUCAUGUCACAUGCAAGACAUAGCCUAGGCCAAGCGGCAAAAACCAAUGUAACAAAAAUACAAAGCUAGACAUUUAUCAUGUGCUUCUAGACAACUGCAACUUGUCCAUGCUAUGUAGGCCUACUGAUUCUGUACAGUUGAUGGUGACAUCACAAAGUGCAUCAAUAAAGUGACGACAUUCAUUGUUCAUGGUCCACAGGUUGUACUUUGCUUGACAUCACAUCAGGCCAGUCAAAUAAAAUUGUAUGAUGGACACUUCUGGAUUGUAAUACACUAUGUAAUCGGAUGAUAGUCCAGACCAGUACAGAGUAGUAAUCACAAACGUCACUUAGUCAUUGGAAGGGUCAGUUCUAGCCUACUACAACUUAUAACCAGUGACGUAGUGGAGGGUAAACUUUGUUUUUACCCACCUUUCUAUUAACCUAGAUCAUUUCUUUCCAUUUUCAUUAGCAUUUGCCCACCUAUUUACCCACGGUGCUCAGGUUUAACCUACUUUACCACUACUUCCAUGCUUAUAAAUAUACAAGUCAAAGGAAAGGGGGUUCAGUUAUGUAGAAAAGUCUAUCUUAGUCCAAUAUCUCUUUAAUCCAGACUUUGAGCAACGUCAAAAAUAAUGGCCAACUGGGGAAUAGAUCAUUGAGUAAUACUGUAUUCCAAAAUCACAUGGCAUGAUGAUUCAUAGUCUAAGGAUGGCAUGAUGAUUCAAGCCAUUGUAAUGAUAGUGUAACACACAGAGUCAUGUCACACAGCCUAAAUGGUUUGAUAAAAGUAUCUGUUCUUCUGACACCCCUCACUGUAAAGAUUCUGGUACUGUAAAACCCAGGUUCAAAAGCCGGUCAGUCCAUGGAAUUCAAUGACUUUUUGGCUAGGGAUGUAUUCUGAAAUGGCCACCACCUACUUUAAGGGACCAUUAUUAAAAGGGAAUCUCUGAAUGAAUGUGGAAUAGACUCCAAACAGCAGUAAAUUGUAUUAUCGGAUACAUAUAACAUCUAUGGGAUAUCCACUAUAGAGGUUGUUAGUGUAAGAAGUUAUCACAUGCAAUAUGUUAAAUGUCUGACAUCGUUUAUCCUCAAGUGAUGCAGGACUGUGUCAGGCCAUUCAUUUAUCUAGGAAAUCCCCUGCCUUUUUCACACUCGUUACCUUUGCCCUAGAAUUGUUAGCGGCGAUUACGUCAAGUUAUGAGCAAUAUCUCGCGAGAAGCAGAGACUAUAAAUACGGGCGCUGUUCGUUCACAAUCAAAUCUGAUACGGAAUAAGUUAUUACACUGCUGGGAUCAUCAUCAUCAUCAUCAUCAUUUACCAAAAUUAACCAACAUACGUGGUAGGUAAUCUUGUUAAACUUUUUCAUGAUCAUACUUUUAUGUGUUUAUUUAAUUUACUUAUCAACCAAUUUGGUGGAUAUUUGUCUGAACGCGAGAGUUCCUCUUUCGAAUUUGACAGCGAUACAGUAACGUUUGCUGCUACACUUUAUCAAUCAAUAUCGCCUUCCCUGUUGUUGUUUGGGUAGAUCAUUGAGUUGACAUAAUGAUGUAGAAAAACAAUGCUGAUUUAUUUUUUUUCCUUCCGAGUUGUUCAUAACAUUAAUUUGUCUUCCUCCUCUUGUUUAGGUUUGCAGACAUGGAAGUCGUUGAAGUCGUCAAUAACCAGGUGUGUCUUUUGGGGAGUGAAACGGAUCAAAGUAGUGAGUGCCAGCAGAUAAUAAAACAGAACAGAAGUGAAUAUACAGAACAUGAUCGAAAGUAGGCUACAACUCCUCAGAUAGUUGACAUUCAGUUGGCAUGGUUAUAGGUUUGUCUUUAUUUUUGAUUGUGUGUUUACAAGUCCAAUGUUAUGAUAAAGGAUAGCAAGUUACAAAGUUUCAUACUACAGUAGCCAACUUUAGUCAGGAGCUGCUAGGCAUGGAUCCUUUUGACCUCAGGUGGGUUAGGUUGCUCAUCCUAAAUCUGAAGAAGGAAAAACACUAUAAAUUCAGAAGCCAAAAGCAUACUUAGGGCUUCUACUUGUAGCAUUGCUGACAUUACUCUUGAGAUUGUAACACGCAGUGUUCUAACAUCCAUUUUCAACUAAUUUCUCACCAGAAUGUGGUUGAGAGGGUGGCCAGCCUCCCCUUGGUGAGCUCCACCUAUGACAUGGUGUCCAGUGCCUACUGCACCACCAAGGAUAACCACCCCUACCUCAAGUCCAUGUGUGAGGUGGCCGAGCAGGGGGUUAGGACCCUCACCACUGCAGCGCUCACCGGUGCAGCACCCAUCAUCGGCAAGCUGGAGCCACAAAGUAAGAAUAUGUAGCCAUCUCCAAAUCUAUAGGCACCUGGUAUAUUUGCACUAAUGUAGACCUACAUAUUGAGUUUAAUCUAUUUGAUUAAUUGCCUAUGUGUUGGUAAAAGCUGAAAAUGGAAAAGCAAGCGCUUUGCCAGAAUGGAAUUUCUAGUAUAAGAUUUUAAACACAUGCUUAUUACAAAAAUACUGUGCUUUUCUAGGUCAGUUCGGUUUCGAUUAUAAAAAAAUAAUCCGGGUUUUUCAGUACAAACACAAAGCGGGGUGCUGAGAAUACCCCCUCGGUACAGAAGGCUAUAUCGGUCCGCUAAUACAGGACUAGUAAAGGCCCAGUGAACUACUUUAGUAACAAAUAAAACAACUUUUUCCAAAAUGUUUUUAAUAUUUUAUUUUAUUUAUUAUUCUAUUACUUAGCACCCCAAUUUAGCUAGGCCAGCUGCAGAGCUGUCUGGCAAACUAAUAGUACUAGUUCUUCAAAGAUAAGGCAUACUUUUACGAACUGUCUCUAUCCCUUUCUCUCGUCCUUGUGUACAUUCUUCUCUCAUGCGGUCUAUGCAGUGUUUGGAUCUAACCUAACGUAGCAGCAGUGGCGUAAAGUACUUAAGUAAAAAUACUUUAAAGUACUACUUAAGUAGUUUUUUUGGGUAUCUGUACUUUACUAUUUAUAUUUCUGACAACUUUUACUUUUACUUCACUAUAUUCCUAAAGAAAAUAAUUUACUUUUUACUCUAAACAUUUUCCUUGACUCCCAAAAGUCUUGUUACAUUUUGAAUGCUUAGCAGGACAGGAAAAUUGACAAAUUCACACACUUAUCAAGAGAACAUUCCUUGUCAUCCCUACUGCCUCUGAUCUGGCGGACUCACUAAACACAAAUGCUUAGUUUGUAAAGAUGUCGGAGUGUUGGAGUGUGCCCCCGGCUAGCCGUAAAUAAGAACAAGAAAAUAGUGCCCUCUGGGUUGCUUAAUAUAAGGAUUUUGAAAUGAUUUAUACUUUUACUUUUGAUACUUAAGUAUAUUUAAAACCAAAUACUUUUAGACUUUUACUCAAUUAGUAUUUUACUGGGUAACUUUCACUUUUACUUGAGUCAUUUUCUAUUAAGGUAUCUUUACUUUUACUCAAGUAUGACAAUUAGGUACUUUUUCCAACACUAAAAAAAACUGGCGCAAUGGAUUAUGGUCAUUGUCGUUAAUUACCACAUUUCUGCACUAAACUAGGUUGAAUAUUUGCUUAAUGAAAACUACAACUCCCUUUAGCCCAGCGUCCCACAUAGUUCUUCAGUUUAUUGCUCUCGUGAAUGAUUAGAAUUUUCUCUAGAGAAAUAGCGCGUUGGGCUCACAAAACCCCCCGAAUGUAAAUGGUAUUCAAGUAAUUGAACCGACAUUGGUCCAAUUAGUUGUUUAAUAACCGAACCCCCCCACCCCCUCCCAAAAUGUUGGUUAAUCGCUCAGCACUCAAUCAUGAGAAGAUUGAGUUAGACUUCCUAAUUGUGUAAGGAGCAGGAAGUCUGGCAAGUCAUCUGAGCUGUUGCUCAACAACAUAACCUUUUACCUAGUAAUCACGUCUUUGGCCUUGUCUUGAACCAGUAACACUUUUUUUUGUGUUCCUGUAGUGCUACAAUUUGACUCUCCCUUCCCAACCUUGAAUGUGAUACAUUUUGCUUAUAAUGUUAUGCCCUCUUUUUCUGCCACCAGUUGCCAUGGCCAAUGACUUGGCCUGUAAAGGUCUGGAUAAGAUUGAGAAGACCUUGCCAAUCCUGCACCAGCCUUCUGAGCAGGUACAUGACUCUCACUGGCCAGUUAUUGCUUGGUACCGAAUGACACAACGCAACACCGCAUUUCACAAUGAGUCAAGUGGAUGCCAGUCAGGUUGGCCAACCGUAGAGGGAGGAGCAAUGGUUUCAAAAUCUGUGACGCAUCACCUAUUUGGACAUGGCUCUCCCUCUGUCGUAAGCAAGUGUCUAGUCAGUCAGCAGUCAUCCAAAGGCCAGGGUUCACUCGCUUCAAAAAUGAGCUCAAUCUCAAUGUGACUUUCCUGGUUAAAUGAAAAACAACUUUUUUUCUCCCCAUCCCAUUCUUCCUGUCUAGAUUGUCGCCAACGCCAAGUAUGCAGUGACCGGUGCCAAAGACGUGAUGUCAGUCACCGUCACAGGGGCCAAGGACAGUGUGUCCCACACCUUGACCAAUGCGGUGGACCGGACCAGGGGUGCCGUGCAGGACGGAGUGGAGAUUACCCGUGCUGCGGUCCAGGAUGGUAUGCAGAUGACCCGGGCAGCGGUCAACGGCAGUGUGAAUACGGUGAUGGAGAGCCGUGUGGCCCAGAUGGUCAGCAGCGGAAUGGACACGGCACUCACCACCUCCGAGAGCCUGGUGGACCAGUACCUGCCUCGCACUGAGGAUGAGUUGGGUGAGUGAGAGCUAGGCUUAUAACCUAACAUAGCCUCUUACAAUGGAUUCUCAGUGAUGACUCUGGAGAAUGGGACUGGGGCUAGCAACAACACCAAAGAGCAUUAGGAUCAGUUAUUGUUACUAUUUAGCUAUGCUGUUGAUGUGGCUAUUCAUCCACAUUCCAGAGAAACUGCAGCAAAUCGGCUUCGGUUGACAUUCUCAGAAACGAAGCUUAUUCAGACAUGACCCAUGUUUUCUAAUGACCAAAAGAUAACAUUUCUGAUUGUUUUGGGCUAAAUAUCUUGGUUUAGAGUACAGUGAUGAAUAAAGAGGAAUAAUCCUGUACACAAUGUUUCGUACAACACUUCCAAAACAUAUGUUGUCAAUAGACUGUGUUCGGAAGUGAACUACUCAUUUACUCAUAAUGCUAUGUUUUUUACAUUUUAGUCAUUUUAGCAGACGCUCUUAUUCAGAGCGACUUACAGUUAGUGAGUGCAUAAUUUUUUUUUCAUACAGGCCCCCCAUGGGAAUCGAACCCACAACCCUGGCGUUGCAAGCGCCAUGCUCUACCAACUGAGCUACACGGGGCCACGUGUGAUUAGAUUAACGAAGCUUGCUCACUUAAACCCAUACAAUGUCAGCAAGCAUUUACAUUACAUUUACAAUGAUUCUUUGUAUUUAUUAUGGAUCCCCAUUAGCUGCUGUCAAGGCAGCAGCUACUCUUCCUGGGGUCCAGCAAAAUUAAGGCAGUUAUACAUUACAAUACAUUCAUAACAGAUUUCACAACAUAUUAAGUGUGUGCCCUCAGGCCUCUACUCAACUACCACAUAUCUAUAACACAAUCUGUGUGUACAUGUGUGUAUAGUGCGUAUUUUAUCAUGUGUUUGUAUGUAGGUGUCUGUUUGUGUUGCUUCACAGUCCCCGCUGUUCCAUAAGGUGUAUUUCUAUCUGUUUUUUUUAAAUCUAAUUUUACUGCUGGCAUGAGUUACUUGAUGUGGAAUAGAGUUCCAUGUAGUCAUAGCUCUAUGUAGUACUGUGCGCCUCCCAUAGUCUGUUCUUGACUUAUAAACUGUGAAGAGACCUCUGGUGGCAUGUCUUGUGGGGUAUGCUGGGUGUCCGAGCUGUGUGCCAGUAGUUCAGACAGACAGCUCGGUGCAUUCAACAUGUCAAUACCUCUCACAAAUACAAAUAGUUGCUACAUCCAUUUUUGGACUUAUAAAUGAAUGAUAUGCACCCAUUGAUUCUUGAAGAAUAUAACUUACAAAUGCCUCAUGAGCUUAGUUCAAUUGUCGUACCCCAUCAGAACCUAAAAUAUAAGCUUGUUCUAAUCCAAUGUUUGUAAACAAAGUAAAUGUAAACAAUCACUGUAUAGCCCGAAAACAUGGUUAAAACUAUAAUUUUGAUAUCAUGGAUGGUCAUUCCUUGAAUCCAUAGCUCGGUCUUUGAAUUUGAGUGGUUACAUUUCUCCAGGCCCAUUCCCCCCGCUUUUUACCGAAACAGUGGUGGGGAGAACGAUUAGUUAUUGUUUCAACUCCUGAUUGCCGCUUUAAUUUCAUGUUCCUCUUUUCAUCGUGACAGAAAUGGAGGCUGAAAUGGUCAAAGGAUUCGACGUGGCCAAGGAUGCACCUAGCUACUAUGUCCGACUGGGCUCUCUGUCUACCAAGUUGCGUAAGAGGGCAUACCACAAGGCCCUGGCUCAGGUCAAAGACGCCAAGCAGCGCAGCCAGGAGUCCAUCUCACAACUCAACCACACUGUGGACCUAGUGAGUGUUGACAUCAAAUGAUUGAAAUCGAAGUGGAAAUGGGAACAUUAUUCUCUAUAGAAAGUGUACAUUUUGCAGAUAAAUUAUUUUAACUCUUUCAUAAGAUUUUUCAAGAUCUCAUGAGGUUCCCUUGCACUGAAUUCAUUUCAUUUAUGUGGGAAUGAGAUGUUCGUUAAGUCUAUCAUUUCAUUUUCAACACUUUUAGAUUGAAUACGCCAGAAAGAAUAUUGACGGAGCUAACCAGAAGGUGAAAGGGAAACUGAGCUCCCUGAUUGAGUGGAAGUCUAAUGAGGAAAAAGAUGGCAACGAGGCCGAGGUAAUGACCAUACUAAAGAGCACUCAUCAUAAAAUACAAUUUUAGCCACAUCAUAUUGUACAUGGAGCACCAAGUCUAGGUCCAAAAGGCUUCUUAACAGCUUCUACCCCCAAGCCAUAAGACUACUGAACAGCUAAUCAUGGCUACCCAGACUAUUUACAUUAACCCCCCUUUUAUGCUGCUGCUACUCUGUUUAUUAUUUAUGCAUUGUCACUUUAACUCUACCCACAUGUACAUAUUACCUCAACUAACCGGUGCCCCCCCACAUUGACUCUGUACUGGUACCCCCCUGUAUAUAGCCUCCCUACUGUUCUUUUAUUUUACUGCUGCUCUUGAAUAAGUUUCAAUUUUUUUAUUAAUCAAUUUUUUACUUAACACUUUUUUUUCUUUUCUUAACUGCAUUGUUGGUUAAGGGCUUGUAAGUAACCAUUUCACUGUAAGGUCUACACCUGUUGUAUUCGGUGCAUGUGGCAAAUAACAUUUGAUUUGAUCCACUCUUGCAGUUUUGAGUCCAAAUUCCAUAUUUAAGUUAUUACUACUCCUUGGGGAAAAAUCUACUUUAUUGUAUGUGAAGAUGCAGGUGAAUUAAAUGGUCUUCAUCAUUUAUCCCCCAGAACAUAGAGUCGAGGACCCUGACCAUAGCGCGCUCCCUCACCCAGCAGCUACAGACAACGUGCCAGGUUCUGGUGUCUGGCCUGCAGGGCCUUCCCCAGAACAUCCAGAAGGAGGCGCUGUUCCUCAGCCGCUCAGCCUCCCAGGUCUACUCCAGCUUCAGCAAAGCGGCGGCGUUUGGGGACCUGUCGGAUGGCGUGCUGGCCAGCAGCAAGGCCCAGCUGGGCAAGAUGAAGGAGUCGCUGGAUGACGUCAUGGACUACCUGAUUAACAACACACCCCUCAACUGGCUGGUAGGUCCCUUUUACCCCCGGCUGGCCCCACCCCCCACCGUCACGUCCUCCCAGUCCCAGAAGACACCAGCCCCCGCAGAGGUGGAGAUGAAAUCAAUAGACUAACUAGCUGCCUGUUUAACGACUAUCACAUCUCAUAUUAUUCAUCCAUCAAAUAUCCUUGAUAGUCACACAGCCUGCAUUUAUUCAGCAUGUUGAUGAAUACAUGUUGACAUACUGUUUGAAUGUUGCUCAGUGUGUGCUCAAUAAUCUAGCUUCAUUUCCACAUGCAUUUUCUUAUGCAGCACAUUGCUUUUGAUGCUACUGUUGUUUUUGACAUCACUUUAUAUCCUGUUGUAAUCAUAACCUGCCAUAUAGUAGAUACAGCAUUGUGUUAAUACAUUACCUUGUAUGCUGCCAUCUUUGUACAACAAUUCUAAUAAAGAAGUUAAA